AGCAACGGGAGGUGUGAGGACUCUGCUCAGCCGCGGCUAAACGAUAGUAAGUCUGUCGGAGGAGAAGGUCGACAGCGAGAGAGUGCCGUUCAUCCUGCAAGAGAGGGAAGCGGCCUGUUCCUGUAGGCGGCGUCCCGUUGCGGCUCAGGCGGCUGUUACUGUCACUCGAGCCCGCUGCUUCCGCUGGCUGAGUUCUCUUUACACGACUUAACAUCAGAGCCUCAAAACUGUUUUUUGUUUUUCUUUUUUCUUUUUUUUACUACGGGUUAUCCCUGACACAGGACCGCUUCGUUUCAAUUUGCAACUGUGGGCGUUUCUCGACAAAAAGCAGCAUUUAACGCGGGAGAGGCCUGUUUUGUUUUCGAGCCGCCAUGAAUGUGCGCUAACAAUAACAACUAUAACGCGUUUGUGGAUCACCGAGCACCAAGAGGGAGAGCGCAGCCUCCGAUGGCACAGUCAGCGGCCAUAAAUGCAUUAUGCGGCAGCAGCUCUGGGAAAGCGCCGUAAGAAACCAGGGAGCGUGCAUGUGGAAUAUGGAAGUGUCGCGGAGGAAAGCGGCUGCACUUUGUCGCCAAGAUCCGCGCACGGAACGUGGGAGCCGCGGCGAGCUAAUAAUGAGCUGCUGCUGCAGGAGGAGCACCGCUGCAUGAUGGUCCGUCUGAUCCGUCACACUCACGGACUGGAUGGAAUGGAACCUAAACGAUUUGGAUGAAGCGACGUUUAAAGUACAGCUCACCGGCCCUUUUUGUGGAUGCAUGUUUAAAAAAAAAUCUCUGGUCUUCGCUUUGAUUUGAGUGAAGGUUUUGGGAUGUGACAUAAAGGAUGGAUUGGAUGUGACUGGUCGCUUUGUGCGCAGACUGAUAUUUAUUGUGAUAUCCAUCUAUGUUUUCUUCAAAGCUUCCGGGCUCCCUGGACAAAAACGGUACCGCAAACCACAACGGAGUUGUACCGCAGGAACCACCGGAUUCAUCAGGGGAGUCUGUGUGUUUUAACAUUUUGGUGUUUGUACCGUAUUGAUAAGAAUAUCUAACGCACCGGCUCAGAGCUGCUGAGAUGAACCCGGUGAAUGCCACCUCUCUCUACGUGUCCGCGAGCCGAUCUGUGCUGCAGUGCGACCCUCGAGACCCCCGGGCCCUGGCGGAGCUCUGCAAGCUGCUGCCGUUUUUCCGACAGUCCCUGUCCUGUCUGGUCUGCGGUAACCUGCUGCAAGACCCCAUCGCUCCCACCGACUCGUCAUGCCAGCACUACGUGUGUCGAGGCUGUAAGGGUCAGAGGAUGCAGCUGAAGCCGUCCUGUAGUUGGUGUAAGGACUAUUCUCGCUUUGAGGAGAACUGUCAACUCUCUUUGCUUGUACGCUGUUACAGAAAGCUUUGUCUUUACAUCAUCCAGUCACCGCUUGCGUCUCAUCUAGCUAGUGCUGCUAGUGACUCACCAGACCUCCAGGCCAUUCUCAAUGAGGGCCUCCUUUUAGCUGAGAAUGAGCUGGAUGCAGAGGACAUUACAGAUUCGGUUGACCUGGUGCAGACCUCCGCCUCUGAAGAGGCCCAAUCAGAGGAAGCUCUACCGAUGAUGGACGUCAAAGUGGAAGAGCCGAGUGUUAUGAAUGUAAACGGGUUGCAUGACUGCAAUGGCCUGGUUAGUGCGGACAUGUUACAACCCAUUACCUUAGAAACAGGGGGAGGAGUUAUAAAGCAAGAGAGUUUUGGUGAGGAGAUACCUGUAUGUAUGAGCGUCAUGGAAACAGGGGAGGCAGGACUUUGUGACAUUACCGCUUUCGGAGAUGAGCUGAAGCAUGAAGGCGGGCAGUUGUUGUUGAGUGUUGAGGAGGUGCUUCAGACUCUAAAAACGGACUGUGAAACUGACCCCACACCGGAGUCUCACCUUGAGUCUGACUCCUGCCCUUCUUCCGUGCCUCAGGCCAACCUCAAUGGGCCUCACUGUCCAUCUAGUACAGAUUCCUUCCGCCUCAUCUCGUUACUCCACUCCGAAAACGGCUCUCGGCCACUUAAACCUCACCCGCAGCCCUCGCUGCAGCCUCCCAUGCAGCCUUCAGCAGUCAUCCCCCGGGUUCUUCAGCAGUGCCACAGAAAGCGCUCACGAUCUGAGAGUGACAGCGAAAAAGUGCAGCCUCUCCCAAUUACAAGCUUGUUACGAGGCCACCCUGUAGGUGCCAACAGCUCCCCUCGCCACCCUACGCUUGGUGCCACCACAAAGCAGGAGGCGAAGUUCCCUUCACUCACGCCCCAUGCACACUUAGCGGCAGUACCAAACGGUGGCCCCCCAAAAGGGGCCAAGACUGUGCUCGUCUCGAACAAAAUACUAAAAAAGACUGUAGAGCACCAUGGGGUCCCAAAGAAGGCUUACACCAAGGUCAGACAAGGGGUCCCUAAGCCCUGUGCACAGCCUCGUGACCGGGUAGUCGCUCAUGCCCUGACACACCCACCUAGCCCCUCCAAGCCGCUCUACAAGAAACCUGUGGAGAAGAAGGGCUGCAAGUGUGGCCGUGCCACUCAGAACCCCUCUGUGCUGACCUGCAGGGGGCAGCGUUGUCCUUGCUAUUCCAAUCGAAAGGCAUGUCUGGACUGUAUCUGUCGCGGCUGUCAAAACUCUUACAUGGCCAAUGGGGAGAAGAAGCUUGAGGCCUUCGCUGUACCAGAGAAAGCGCUGGAACAGACCAGGCUCACACUGGGUAUCAACCUGACCAGUAUCACCGCAGCUGCCCUCCGUAGCCCGACCACCAGCUCCCCUGGCAACACUCUGCUGAGUGUUGCCACAGCGACAGGAGCCCCCGUCACAGCCGCCUUCCUGUCAGGGGCGGGGCAUGACAACAGGGCCUUUGACGAUUCACUGGAGAUGCGGUUUGACUGUUGAGGUCCCAUUCCCCGGUCAGUCAUCAUGCACAUUCCCUGCCCUGCAAACUGCGUGUUAUCGGGUCAUGCCGGGGCCCUGCACAGAAAGGGCCAAAAUAAGGCAGCUACAGUGACAGGCGGGAAAGAGGGCCACCACCAGCGGAAGCUGAGAAACGCCCUCCGUCCAUCCCCCACAACUACACCGUGCUCAUGGUCCUGAUUACAGAAGCAGAUUGGAAGAGAAGGGAGAGAGAUGUAGCGUUCUAGUACGUAUGGAGAUAGUUUGUCUCCUUUUCUAUGAGUAAAUGUGUAGAGCAUGAUGUGUAGCAAAGUCAGGAGUGUUGACCAGACAGUUCAGUCCUUCACCUGCGUGCAGGCCAGUGUGUACGUACAUAGGAAAGGGUUUGAGCUUGGAAUUGAACCUUACUAGCAGGAACAGGCAUCAUCAGCAUCAUCUUGGUCAUCAUCAGAGACCGGUGUAAUUUAUCUUAAUUAAAGAACUUCUUUUGUACUUGGACUUAAGUUUCCAUUCAAGAAAAUGUUUUAUGGUAUAUUAUUUUAUAAGUUAGAGUAAAACCAGCGGAAGUUGGGGAAAGUGCUGCGUCGCAUUCAACCAGAGUAUUUCACACAGGCUGCAUGUUUAUCGUAAAUAUGGAACGACACUGGAACACAAGAAAGAAUGAAGUCGCUACGGGUGCGAAACAUUUCUGAGCAGUGGUUACAGAACGCAGUGAUAUACAGUGUAUGGUAGUACUGCUACUUUCUGAGCGGUUUCAUUAAAAAAAAAUAAAAAAAAUCUAACAAUGAAAAAUUCUUGGAAUUUUUGCCAAAGAUUGCUUAUAUUAUGGCAGAAAUUGCGUGUGCAUGAGGGAAAAUGCUGUUAAAUCUCGUGUCACAGCUGCAGAAAGUAAAAGCAGGGAUUCGAUACAGAAAAUCACCACAUGGCUCUACUGGGUUCAUAAUAGUACUGCAGUAUAGUGUUAAUAGUGCUGGGUUCUGGUGUUGGAGUUUCAUUUGGGACAUGAGUCUCUACCCGUAGAUGUGGCCGAGAAAAAAAGAUAUGGCAAUGGUUAAGGCGUUUUUAAAGAAAUGACAGCAUAAAACAUUUUAAAGUGGAUUCAGAGUGUAAUUUUUGUGCACAGAUUCCAGUUCUUCACACGAGGUACAAAGUUUUAUGAACCUGUCCACAGUUACAUGUU